UUAACACCACCGAGAUUCAUCAUCGUCUAUCUCCAACUCGGUCUUCAUCUUCUUCGUCUCAAGACCCGGGAAAAAAAUCCCAUUUUUAAAAAGGAAAGUUUACGACUUUGAUUGACUUCGAUGAAGGGUUUUGUCUGAAUCGUCAUUGUUGUCUGUGUUUCCGAGAGACGAUUGAAGAAGAAGAAAGCAAAAACAAUAAUGGGUUGUGCUGGAUCCACACAGUCGCAAUCGGAAGGGUCAGUGAAGAAAAUUAGGAAGCCGAAACCGUGGAAGCAUACUCAACCGAUCAGUAAAGCUGAGCUUAUGAAACUGAGGGAAGAGUUUUGGGACACUGCUCCUCACUAUGGCGGUAGGAAAGAGAUAUGGGAUGCGCUACGUGCUGCAGCUGAAGCUGACAUAUCUCUUGCCCAAGCAAUCGUGGACAGUGCAGGAGUCAUUGUUCAGAGCAAUGAUCUCACUACCUGCUACGACGAGAGAGGUGCUAAGUAUGAGCUACCUAAGUAUGUUCUAAGCGAGCCUACCAACUUGGUGGAAGAAAGUUGAUUAAGGAUCAAUACCAUUUCGAAAAGACCAAAAGAAAGUGAGAAGCAAGAAAAGAAAAAGAAAAUGUAAAUCUUGUGUGUAAGUAGUUACAUUAGGAUCCUCUGCUUUUGUCUAUUUAACACUUUGAAAAAAGAUUCUCUCUCUGACUUUUACCUAAGAGCUCAGAUGGUUACUGUAAUUCUAAAGACAGCUUGAUCUUGAUCAGACACAAGUAUAUUAAUGUUUUGACGAGGCAGUUUGAUCAGUCAUGGUCAUGGUCAUACUUUGUCUCGCUCCCUAUCAUUUUGUAACACAUCUUCA